AUGGCACAACGUUAUGACACGAUGGAUUGUGGUGACGUUGCUAAUACAGUAGAAAUGGUUCAUGCUAUAGAAGCUGAGUUUAUGACAGACCCAAUGUCAUUUAAAAAAUUGCUUGAAGAUGCUGAAAAACCUUUGUAUCCUAGUUGUAUAAAGUUCACAAAACUUUCUGCACUAGUUAAAUUGUACAAUGUGAAGGCACGGAAUGAGUUAAAUGAAGCAUCUUCAUGUCCUACUUGUGGAACGUCAAAGUGGAAGGUAAAUAAGGAAGGGGCAAGAAACACUAAGAGGAUUCCUGCAAAAGUGUUGUGGUAUUUCCCACCCAUCCCUAGGUUUAAGAGGAUGUUUCAAUCUCCCAUAAUAGUGAAAGACCUAAAAUGGCAUGCACAAGGAAGAGAAAAUAAUGGUAAACUUCGACACCCAAUGGAUUCCCCAACAUGGCAACUAGUGAACCAAAUGUGGCCUGAAUUUGCUUCGGAUUGUAGGAACCUUAGACUUGCCAUUUCAGCAGAUGGUAUCAAUCCUCAUAGCUCCAUGACCAGUAGGCAUAGUUGUUGGCCUGUUAUCACAAUAACUUACAACUUUCCCCCUUGGUUAUGCAUGAAGAGGAGAUUUAUGAUGUUAUCUUUACUAAUAUCAGGCCCACGACAACCUGGUAAGGAUAUCGAUGUUUAUUUGGCAUCAUUAGUCGAUGAUUUGAAAACAUUGUGGGAGGUUGGGGUGAAAGCCUAUGAUGCACAUCAACAAGAAUUCUUCACAUUAAAGGCUAUUUUAUUAUGGACGAUUAAUGAUUUCCCUGCAUAUGGAAACUUGUCUGGUUGCACCGUUAAGGGAUAUUAUGCUUGUCCAAUAUGUGGUGAAGAAACAAAUUCACAUUGGCUAAAACAUGGGAAUAAGAACUCAUACAUCGGCCAUAGAAGAUUUCUUCCAUGCAACCAUCCAUUUAGAAAGCAAAAGAAGGCAUUUAAUGGUGAACAAGAGUUUAGGUUACCUCCAAAAGAACUCACUGGAGAUGAAAUAUUUACAAAGGUUGAUAUGAUUGAUAACUCAUGGGGGAAAAAAAAGGCUAAACAAUGUGAAUCCUUUGCUAAUCCGACAAGUUGCUGGAAAAAGAAGUCUAUAUUUUUUGAACUUGAAUAUUGGAGAUAUUUUUAUAUCCGACACAACUUGGAUGUCAUGCAUAUAGAGAAGAAUGUUUGCGAGAGUAUCAUUGGAACUUUGCUUAACAUUCCAGGUAAAACAAAGGAUGGAGUAAAGUCUCGACUUGAUCUUCUCGAAAUGGGCUUAAGGCUUGACUUAGCACCAAGGUUUGGGUUGAAGCGAACUUAUCUUCCUCCUGCAUGCUAUACUCUUAGUAGAAAGGAGAAGAAAAUAGUAUUGCAGACUUUAGUUGAUUUGAAGGUUCCAGAAGGUUAUUGUUCAAAUUUUAGAAACCUUGUGUCCAUGGAAAAGCUAAAGCUUAAUGGUCUUAAGUCCCAUGAUUAUCAUGCACUUAUGCAACAACUACUACCAGUAGCAAUAAGAUCCGUGUUGCCUAAGCAUGUCAGAUAUGCCAUUACAAGAUUGUGUUUUUUCUUUAAUGCACUUUGUGCAAAGGUGGUGGACGUGUCAAGAUUGAAUGAUAUACAACAGGACAUAGUGGUGACUUUGUGCUUGCUAGAGAAGUAUUUUCCACCUUCCAUCUUUGACAUCAUGCUUCAUUUAACAGUGCAUUUGGUAAGAGAGGUUAGAUUAUGUGGACCAGUGUAUAUGAGAUGGAUGUACCCAUUUGAAAGGUACAUGAAAGUCCUCAAGGGUUAUGUUAGAAAUCAUAAUCGUCCAGAAGGGUGCAUUGCUGAGUGUUAUAUCGUAGAGGAAGCCUUAGAGUUUUGUACAGAGUAUUUAUCGGGCAUGGAUGCAAUUGGGAUUCCUUCUAGUGUGAAAGAUGAAUGGAAAUGUGGGAAACCAUUACUUGGUGGUCGUGCAAUAACUAUUCAUGAUUAUAAAUUGGUGGAGCAAGCACAUCAUUAUGUUCUACAAAAUACAACCAUUGUACAACUGUUUAUUGAGUAA